AAAAAAAAAUGAAAAACGGUAUGUUGAGUAUGACAGCUUCAAGGAAGAGUGAAGAAGAUAACUGCUUCGAUUGCUUCCACCCGUUACACACUUUCUCCCCGCAACGCCACCACCAUCUCUCUCUGCUCUAUCUAUCUAUCUAUCAACAUUCAUUUCCUCUUCCAUUUCCUGCAACAUAUUGAUUCCAAUUGCUGCAAUGGAACUGCAAUUUCGAUUACCAGAAUUGCAAUUAGUUGAAAAGGGUUUUGAUUACAUCCGUAAAAGGAAGAAAUGGAUCUUCAUUUCCGUUGCAUUAGGGUUCUGCGCUUACAGUGCUUAUCACGCUCCCUCCAUAGCUCGCAAGAGAAGGAAGCUUUCCAAGCUUCUCGGUGCCUUGUUUUCUGUAGCAGAAGCCGUAGCAGAAUCCGCAGACACCAUCGGAGUUAUCUCCAGAGACAUGAAGGAGUUUCUGCAAUCUGAUUCGGAUCAAGUGCCAAAGAGCCUCAACCAAAUUUCCAAGGUAGCUCGCUCUCAGCAAUUCUCCGAUUCUCUUACCACCGUAACCCAUGCCGUAACUGUAGGUGUAUUGCGCGGUAACCAAUCCGCGAACCGGACCAGCGCCGAGCAAACUGGCGCCGGUUCGAGCGUCGUGGACGGUGUUCUUGACAAGCUGUUAACACCGGAGGGGUCAGGGUUUGCUUCUGUGGUUCUUGGAAGCUUUGCUAGGAACCUGGUUCUGGCGUUUUAUUGUUCAGAUGGUGUUCAAUCUCAUGACAAAUUCGGCGGAGAAUCCAAUUCAAGCGGUGUGGGAAAUGCUUCCUCCAAUUCAGAUUCUGUUCCUGCAUGGGUUGAUGCUGUUUGUGAUGAAAGGUGCGGGGAAUUGAUUGGGAAUUGCGUUCAAUUGUUCGUGAGCACCGCGGUUGCGGUUUUUCUUGACAAGACUAUGCAUAUCAACACCUAUGAUCAAUUCUUUGCUGGUUUAACUAACCCCAAGCAUGAGGAUAGUGUGAGAGAUAUGUUGAUGUCUGUUUGUAAUGGUGCUAUUGAGAGUUUUGUUAAAACAUCUCACCAUGUGUUGACAAGUGCAAAACCCGGUGAUGGUUCAGGUUCAGAUUCUAAUUUGGAUAUUGGGGAAACUACUCCGAAUCGUGUAGAGACAUCAACAAUGGAAUCAAAGGGAGGGGAUGUUUGUGUUGAGGAAAAUAAGAGUGGAUGGGUCAGUAAGGUUUCAUCCACAUUGGCAAUUCCCAGCAAUAGGAGGCUUGUUCUUGAUGUGACCGGGAGGGUGACGUUUGAGACGGUUAGGUCUUUCAUGGAGUUUGUUUUGAAAACAUUGUGUGCUUCUGUGAGAAGAUGUGCUCAUAGUGUUCACGAUGCAGUACUUGAGAUUAUGAGAUAUGCUGCUGCUAAAUUUUCUGUUAUUGCGACAAUUUGUAUCUCAUUGUGCCUGCACGUAAUGGAUUGCCCUAGGGCUUUGGUGCCUGCUUAAGUAGUUGUGAUUGAUCAUUUGAACAAGAAGAAUUUUAUCAUGCUGCUUUGGCUAUGUAACUACAUCAUAAUAUCUUUGUAUAUACAUGGAUUAAUUUUGUAAAUGAUUUUGAAAAUCUUACUGUUGUAAAGAAUAUACAGUGACCAUAGGCAUGAUGUCUUCCUCUUACACUGGACUAUCAUUCAUGGGAUAACUAACUUCCAGAAUUCCUUCAAAGAAGAAGCCCUGGCAUUCAUCAUCAAGCAGUCUUAUUUGCUUUGGGUUCAAUCA